AUGGCGCGCAAAGCCCUCUCUUACGGCGAGAUUGCAGACACCGUCCUUCCCUCCGCGGUUUUCACCGUCGACAAUCUGAGCGUACUCGCUAAGGAUAUUGACACUUACGUUCAACUUCCACCGCACGAUCGACCAGCUUUCAUGCGGGACAAAAUGGACAGCAUCUGGUCAGAAGCUAUCGAUUGGUCUUGCAGGCCUCAGACUCCAGAGUUCAAGAACCAGUGGUCUGCUUUGAAACGUUAUUACAAAGAGCAGGGGCGCAUUCGAGGACCACCAGCUUUACCCGAGAAGCUCAGUACCCGUAAAUGGACGGGCUUACGGGUCUGCGGCAUUGUCUAUCGCGACUCUAUUGAUGAGAUGGUUUAUCUGGGUACGGGAAUGAGACCCGGCGACACCAGAGGCUAUAUCGGCCACCGAAUCAAGUGCCGCACAGUGUUUUACUGGAAGUUGCCUCCUCAAGAGAGGCUCCAGUUAACCGACAUGGCGAAAGAAUGGCAGGCCGGUGCCGCACCGGCCGAACAAAAGAUGGAGGCGUACUAUCGCCGGUUUCAGACAUGGAUUAGAAAUGUGCACCUGACGGCUUUGCGCGAGUUCGGGCAGCAUCUGGUGACAAUGGCAAUACCUGAGCCUGGAUUAACAAACCCCCCCCGCCUACACGAAUUCAUGCACGAAUUGCGAAUACUCGACAAGCCCCUCGUCAAGACUGUUCCUGUUGGAGAUACUUUGUCUGAUAUCUAUCGUGAGGUUAAUCACGCCGCAGGACGUAUCGAGGGUGCCGCUCUGCCUACGUUGCUCAACAAGAAGUCGAGAUUGAAACGCAAAACAACUUGGACUAUCGACGAGACCAGUUUCUUUGGACACGACGAGCUCGUACUCAGCGAAGACGAGUUCGACGAGGAAUUGUUUUUCAAGGAGGCAAUAUCUAUGGUGUACACAAUUGUAAGGAUGGCGCACAGCAACAUUUCUAGCUAUCGAGACCUAGAUCCCCCAUGGGCGUCCUUUCAUCAGUUGGUGGACAGCAAAUACUUACUGCCCGAUACGCCUAUGAGUAUCCCAACUGCUCUUCGCCAGCCUAACUGCUUCAAAUACCUGAAACAUUGGUUCAAGGUGACGAAGGGGCUGAAGUUCAAUCAGUGGCAGAGAAAGAAUAGCUUGCCUAUGGACCCCGUACCCCAAGCCGACAGGUGGUGGGCGAGCUCGAUACCAAGCUACUUGCGUUCAACAGAGACCAUCCCGGCGGCGGCGGUAGCGGCGCUCGACUUUGUGCCCACGAUCGUUCAUUCACCGCGGACUGAAGGCUCGCCGAUGGCGCUUUCGCCUUAUGGGAGCCAAGGAGGCCACAUUGUACACGGCGACAGCGACCGUGAGCAGGACGCUCUGGAGAUGCUGGACAUUCCUUCUAUUCCCGAUCCGGACGACUUGCUUCCUGUUACUGCUUCAGCAGAGCAUGCUAGGACAGAGUUAGUGUGGACGUUUGUAUUGGGUUGGAUCUCGUACUUGCGAGGCUACUCUGCAGCCGGAGGAUUGUCGACAGGCGAUGAUGGCGUGGCGGCAUUUACGAUUGGUUGCGCAACCUUUACCGCAGUCUUCGAGGAGUUCUCGCAGGACUUGUCACAAUACGCGGACAAAUAUCAGUACCCAGGAUGGGCGCCCUCCAGUAGGUAUGCCCUGGCAAAUUCCCGGACGCACUAUCUCGCAUACCUUGUGCGGAAUGAGGAGCACGAUGUUCUUCUGCCUCUAUUGCGCCUGGUCACACGAAUGGAACCGGGCAAUCUGGAGUCCCCUUUCUUUGUGGUCCCACAUACAUCAUCGAGAGACGCCCCGUCAUGGAUCACAGAACAUCAUGGAGUACCAUCCUGGCAGUGGCAACGCUGCGGACUUCCGCCCUCUUCACAUACCCUUCCCCAUCUCUCUCAGAUAAUCCUCGAAUGGCUUAAGCGACCCGACCUUCUUGUCGAUAUGCAUGCCGGCAAACCACGUUCCCGGGAAACCGGCUUGGCUGUCAUACUGAAGAUCGCUCUGAUAUUCGCCGACCUCGAGAAUCUCGACGAUGAAAAUUGGACCUACUCCGGCGCUGCGUCUUUGCAACAUUCUACAUUGAGACCCCAUGUUGGCCAGCUCAAAAGUGCGAUCGCGGAGUGGGCGAAUGAUACCGCUGUUCGUCUAGAGGGGCUACUACCCGUCCUUGACGAUCUAGAGCUGCUCGGAGAGGCGGAGCUUGACGCAGAGUGCCCGGGGUCGGAUGCCUUUAACGGUGCGAAUGGCGCAAGCGCCAGCGAUGACUCUCGCUCUAUGCGGAAGCCAGCAAGCGACUUCAGGCCCAGCAACAUGGACGCCGCUUUCCUUGCUGUUGAGAUGGAUGACAUUCACCUUCCUCAUACCGUGCAGGAAUAUCGACAAGCUAUGGACGACGAGCCACGCACGGCGGUGCAAGAGCUGACUCGUAAGAGUCUGCAAGGCCUGGCCGCAUUGGAAGACAGAAAGCACGCGAACCGCUUGCUCAGAGCAGGGAUUUCCGAACCCAACCUCGGCUCUCGCGCAAAAAAGGCAGCUCGAGCGCCGGCACCCAAGAUCACCGCCGGUGCGUGGCAGCCGAUGCCUGCCGAGACUCUCUCUUCCCCUCAGUCCGAUGAAGAAGACGCGCCGCCGCCAAAGAAGAGACGCAGGACGAUGGUGAUCAGGAAGCCCAGGCUAGCGGGUCAGGAUCAAACACCGCGCACGGCGGGACGUAAGCCAAAGCAGGCACAACGGCAGACUGUACCCCCCGCGCGCGGCGCUCGAAAGAAGGGCGCCGCAAGGAAUGCUCGCGGCGGUGGGAGGAAGCGGAAGAUCAAGACCCCAGAGCCGGCUUCCGAAAGCUCGUCCCAAAGCGACGUUGAUGGGUCGCACCGCCAGUCUGACAGUCGCGGUGUCUCAGACGCUGGUAGCGAUAGCGAUGAAAUGCCGGCGUACAUCAGCAUUCAACGCCGAUCGCGAUACAGCAAUCUCAUUCGGCCGGUGACAUUUGAUGCAGAGGGCACCACCACCAGUGGUCUAGAUAGCGACGCUAUAGGGUCAGCACUGUCUGCCCAUCCUCCCCCUCCGCGCCGCUUGGCGUUUGUGGAGCCCCGUGAACCUAUGGUGCUUGCCACGCCGAGGGUGAGUACGCGGCGUUCACAGCGGGUGCGACCACCUUCCACCGCCGCGCAGCAGGGCGACAUCUCAGUGGUGGGCGAUACAGCAGUCCCUUUCAUCAACGUUACCCCAGCAGAUGGUCUCAGACGUAGUUCUCGGCGUCUUGAGCGUUCUCAUGUAGCAGGGCGUUGA